GCUGCUGCGGAGGAAAUCUGCUCCCAGCUGGAAAGAACCAUCGUCCGCUUCGAGGAGGAGAUGGACCGUCAGCGCAGACUGCUGGACCUCACCUGGAGGCCCCGGCUCAGCUUACAGCCAGCAGGUUGGCUCCAGCAGCGGUACCGAUCUUCCACAUCAUUAUGGCUGUAAGGAGAAGGAGAUCCAGGCGAGCCAGCAGCCUUGUAACGAAGAGACAAACUGUAGUUUGGACCAAGAGAGACCAGAACCUCGGCAGGUGAUGAAGGAACAAGAAGAACCCGAAUUCCUGCAGGUGAACAUUAAAGUGGAGGAACCAGAACUUCUGCAGAUAAAAGAGGAACAGUGUGAAACUGCAAUCAGUCAGGUUGAAGAGCUGCUUGUUCUGAAUCAGCAGACUGAUACGCUAAUGAUGAAGGAAGGAGACCAUGGAGAACCAGAACCUGGUGAAGACCAGCUCCCCUCUCAGAACGCUCCUGAAGCUGAGAACCUAAACCAGAAAGAGAACCUUGAUAAAGACUCAGGAUUGAUAGAAGAAGUGUUGAAACAAAAUAAUAGCGAGGAAACCAAACUGAAGAGAAACAAAGUUGAGAAACGAGCUUUUUGUAAAAUCUGUGGUAAAAGUUUCAAUCCAUGUUAUUUAUAUGAUCACAUAAGAACUCACACAGGUGAGAAACGCUUCUCAUGCAAGACCUGUGGAAAGCGUUUCAUUCAAAGAGGUCAGUUGACUGUUCACAUGACAACUCAUACAAAUGAGAAACCGUUCCCAUGUCAGACAUGUGGAAAAGGUUUCAGUCGCAAAAUGUAUUUAACUCGUCAUGCCAGAACCCACACAGGUGAGAAACCUUUUGAUUGUCAGAUCUGUGGAAAAGGUUUCAUUCAAAAAGAGAAUUUAGUCACUCACACAAGAACCCAUACGGGUGAGAAACCUUUCCAAUGUCAGGUAUGCAAAAAAAAUUUUAGUAACAGAAGUAAUUUAAAACACCACAUGAGAACUCAUACAGGUGAGAAGCCUUUCCCAUGUCAGACGUGUGGGAAAAAUUUUAAUCAAAAGAAUAACUUAAUUACUCACAUGAAAAUUCACUCAGCUGGGAAACGCCUUCCAUGUAAAAUAUGUGGUAAACAUUUCUCUCGCAAUGAUUUGUUGGUCUCUCACAUGACAAUGCAUACCGGCGAGAAACCUUUCUCAUGUCAGACCUGCGGGAAAGCUUUCAGUCGGAAGAUUCAUUUAUCCCGUCAUGCAAGAACUCACACAGGUGAGAAACCUUUUGAUUGUCAGGUUUGUGGAAAAGGUUUCAUCCAAAAAGAAAACUUAAUUACGCACACAAGAAUCCACACAGGUGAGAAACCUUUCUCCUGUCAGAUGUGUGGAAAAAGUUUCAGUGACAGAAGUAAUUUAAAACACCAUAUGAGAACCCACACAGGUGAGAGGCCUUAUUCAUGUCAGAUCUGUAGGAAAAGUUUUAUUCAAAAAAAUAAUCUAGUUACUCACAUGAAAACUCACACAGCUGAGAAACGCUUCCCGUGUGAAAUCUGUGGUCAGUUUUUCUCUCGCAGCAGUAAAUUAACUCUUCACAUGUGCACUCAUAUAGAUGAGAAGCCUUUAACAAGUCAACCCUCUGGACAAGAUUUCAGUGACGUAAGUCAUUUCAAGCCCAACAUGAGCGCUCAAACAGGUGAUUAAGUGUAAUUGUUUAAGUCUCAUAAUGAAACACGUGAGCAGUUCCUGUUGAUAAACUUUAUCAUCGUUAAUCUGAAUGCCUAACAUUCCAGUGUUAAAGGUUAAUUCAUUAAAUCAAUGUAUUUUCAUUACAGUGUGGAAAUAAAUGGCUACAAAACUGGGUAUUUGUCUGUGAUCUAUCACAGAGGAGUCUAAAAAACUUCUUAAAAAAAUGGAUGAAAGUACAAAGUGUAUAAAUCAUGUAAAAAAGCUAAAAAAAAAAUGAAGUGCCAAGGCAUGCAGAUGGCCAGAAUUUUAGCCGAUUGUUGCAAAAAGAUGUACAUCAUAAAGGCUGCUACAUGCUCUUCAUGAAGCGAGAAACUUGCUUUCGGUCCCGCUGUGAUUGAACUUAUUUUGUUCUUGGACUCCUGCUCUGUGAUUUCUCACUGCUUGUUCUUAUUUAGGGAGGAUUCAGCACCGUAAUAAUGGCCUCAUGAUGCUCCUGUUGAAACGUAGAGAAAGAAAUGUAGUUCCUCAGACCCACGUUCAGGUCGGGUCUAAAGACUUUUAUUUUUGGCCACGUCUGAUCUAUCAACUGUUGGAAAACCUGAGAUGCUAUUUCAUUUAUUUUUAAUCUACAUUUCUGUAUACAUUUUUUUUUUUUUCAUGUCUGUAAAGUCCCUGAAUGGGGGACCGAUGCAUCUGUUGCCAUCUCUCGUUGUCUGAAUGUCAACACAAGUUAGAAAUAAAAACUUUCACUGUAAAAUAAAAAAAAACAAGGCUGAAACUUUG